GCGCGCUGUAGCCGUCACGUGUUGUUUACACACGCGUAGAAGGCACGAGUGAGCGAGGGAGAGAGAGAAAGAGAGAGAGUGGGUACCAGUACGAGCGUGUAGCAGACGCAGAGAACGGCGCAUAUGUACGAAAUAAUACUAGAGCGGUGUAUAAUACGUCAGUCGGCCUCCAUCUCGCGCGCGUCAUUGUCGGCACGAAACGGCGCACAAAGCGCAUCACGUAUCUCACCUUCGGCCGAGUCGUCGAGGAGUCGCGCGGCCGUCGUGUCGUCGUAUCGUCUUUCGCAGAGGAUUCUCGUAAGUGAGCGGUGGCGGAAGCGCGCGUGUUAAUUUUGCAUGCUAACCGAGAGCGUACGAGAUCGCAGGUAAAUGCGAAAGCGACCGGGGGUGCGUAGCACACAACAGCUGUCCCACAAUCCGUCUCAGUCCCUUUUCCGUCGUUCCGUCUCCUUUCCGCGCGCUACACUCUCUAUUCUCUCGCUCCCCCGUGUCCCUCCCUACCCCCUCGAGGACCUCGAGGCUGGUUGGCUGAAAGAGCAGCGGCGCAGCUGAGGAAAACCCUCGGCGAGGCGAAGAAGGCUGCUCUUCGCAUUCGUCGGCGGACUCUCUCCCUCGGUUGUCACGCGCUAUUAAUACCUUCCCGCGACGGUUGUCUUCGUCUUCUCCGCAAGAGCGACGGCGGUGUGUCCGGUCGGUCAUGCCUUGCAUCGGCAACUAGCGCGACGACCAAGUGAGGAAGAGAGUGCGUCUCGCGUGCACGCUGGACAGCCAGGACGAUGAACGACGAUCGACGAGUCCAGAGGUGGACAGAGCGGCUCGCUUGGAACUUGAACCUCUGGAUAGAUACGUUAGAACACAGGAUAGAUAUGCUCGAUCUCUGGAGAGACGACUUGCUCCGACGCUUUGGCGGCGGCGGCAACAACGACGACGGGGACGGCAGCGCGCGUCCGCCGCGCGAACAGCAGGAGCGGCAAUCUCCACCGACCGCGAUGUCGUCGUCCUCAUCCUCCCAGGCAGGGGCAUCCUCGUCGCGUCGCCGCGAAUCUGGCGCGUUCGCUGGCGACGAGCACGAAGGCUGCCGCAGCGAGGUCUGCCGGUAUUGUCACGCCAUGGAGAGGAUCCUGCUCUGGGACUCCAACUUCUUCAUCAACAUGAUCUUGAUCAUCGCGCUCAGUAUGUCGAUCUGGAUCUACGAUAUACUGGGCCUAGCGAUAACGCGGAGAAUCUCCAGUGUCCUCUUUGCAUAUUUCGCGAUGCAAAUGACCUUCGUCUUCAUCUUCGUGGAUACUCUCGCCCCAGCAGUGGAAUGCCGAAGAGUAUGCAGUAAGUUGCACUGGACGUGGAAGAGCUUGCGACGGCUGCGAAACAAACAACCGGGACUGUAUUGCAUCCUCCUUUGUGCCGUGGCCUUUGGCCUGUAUCUACUCGGCCGUAUCAACCUGUCGAGCCCUUGCUGGUAUUGGAGCAUCAUAUUUGGACCUCUGAUACUACGACUACCGCAAAAAUUGAUUGAGAAGACAUCAGGAUACUUUAUCUCGCGUAAAGAAUGGCAGUGUGACAGCGAGAUCGAUGACGAGUUUUUACCAUUGGUGACAGAAGCAAAUCUUCAGGUGCUGAGUCGCGUUGGAGAGACGGGUGACCAUUCGCCAACGCCAACGAGCAUAUUGUCGGAUGGUCAGAACGAAUCCUUCAAUGACGAGGAUUACAUAGAGGGUCUUUACGAUAUAGCACCUAGUAUGCCCUCGCACGAGGAAGGCAGCACCGACGGCGUGGAGCUCUCAGAGUUGGAGCUCAGCGUCGGUGAGAACGACGCCGAGGAAGAUGAUAUCAAGUUUCAGACCGGCCAUUUCGAGAAGAGUUCCUCCUCGUCGUCGUCCGAGGAGGGAGCCUUCGACAGGAAGAUAGUAACAGUUAGCAGUGACGAGAGCAACGAUAGCGAUUACGAGAUAAUCGACAAGGAGGAAAUAGAGAAUAUAAAAAUGUGAUAAAGAUUGAUCAAGAUUAAGAAAGUAACGUAUUAUCGCGCGUGCGAUUAAUUUAAUCGAUUAGGAUAAGAAAAAAACUAAAAAAAAAACAUCCUGUAAUCGGCCGUGAAUGUGAAAUGAAAUUCGAGCAACGAUGAACAAUAAUGAUUUCGUUUGAAUCAGGAGAUUGAAAAUGACAUUAAAUCAAUAAGUAGACUUUUUAGCUUGAAUUAACUCGUCGAUUUGUUUAAUUUGAAUUGACUAUUGAAUUGAAAUUAAUUUCCUUUGUUGUCUCUCGAUAGCAACGUGUAUUUCACGCGGAUACAAGUUUUCCGAUCUUGAUGGCUUGAAGGACUGUGAAGGAUCGGAAGAGACCAGAUUUAUUUUCAUUUAGACAAAUAGAGAUAUAUAUGUAUAAUGCGGUAUUAUAAUAUAUAUCGUAUUUAAUAUCUUUGACGUCAAAUAGGCGUAUGUACAUUUGCAAUGUAAUAAAUAUGCACCUGUGUACAAACAUUUUAA